UCCCGCAAGAUCAUCAGUGGCAAAAGAGACUCUGAGAGAAAAUUCUGAAAUAACCACAUUGUGGACAUUCCACUAAAUACAACCAACAGUCUAGACAGCAGGAGUAGGCAAACUUUUCCAUCGAAUUAGUGAAUUUAUUUUCCCAGAUAUCUGUAACGAAACUUUCAUUUCCUUGUGUCUUUUGUAAUGUAAAUUUAUAAAAUAAAUAUUGAUUUACUAUUUGUGAUUAGAUAAACAAUAUAAAAAAAUUUUAACGUACAAUCGCUGAGAGUGAUAGUGCGGUCCGGAUGAUAUUAGAACCAUGGACUAUUGGCGUAAUAACCCCUAAAACUUUGCCGACCACUGGUGUAAAGUAACACGGCCAGGAACCGGUAGUCAUUUGUGAACGGCCAUCUCAAAUUGGAAGGAAGGAGCAAAAACAUCCAUGUAAAUGCCAAGAAUCACUACAAGUGACGAAUGAAGCGAAACGGUCGCGGCCGGUUCGAACGUUCCAGGGGUUUCCUGUCGGGUGUAAUAUGAUGCAUUCGUUCAUCACACGCGUACGUACGAUUAACGCAGUACAAGGCCCAAAGCGCUAGACAUACAGCGGCUGCCGGUUUGCUGUACGAAGAAGAUCAAGCCUGUGCGCUACAAACAAAUUGUUUAAAACAAUAAAAACAAGCGUUCCCACACAACUGAUAAGCCCACUAGCGAGGUACGGAUUGCCGGUACUAGGAACACACACAGACAGGUGACGAAAUCGUGCCGAAAUUGCGAAUGAAUACGGGCAACAGUCAGGGGAUCAUCAACUGUAAAACCCAUCCAAUAGACAAUGUUGCGACGAUGGUUUAGCGGCGUAUCGCAUCGGUGCAGGUAAGGCGGCAGCGUGUGUGUCUGUGUGUUGAUGUAAUGUGCGGUGUGGACCCUUUUGCUUUUACAAAACGAUCAAUCCCAACCGAGCGAAGAAAUCUCAAGAAGCUACCAUCGUUAGGGAGACCGUAGUGCUUGGUAGCCCAUUUUGCUGAUAAGCGGACAUCGCCGUUGGUCGUAAUAAUCGUGCAUUAAGCGUGUGGGCAAAUAUGUGCUUGGCCAUCACAGCGAAGAAACACCGAGCGAUCGUGUGCGUACAGCCGGGAGGACAGACAGUGUAAUCGACUGCGAGUACCGUAACGCACCGCUCAUCCCGAUCAUCGCCAUCAAACGAUCAGUGUUUAGCGAUGCAACAACCGUACUGCAAAUAAUAGCCCGUACUCGAUCUUCAGUGAUGCCAUUACAGUACGAACCGGGCAAGAAAGGAUAGUACGCUGGGAGAGCUUCUUGGAAAAAGAGAUCCUUCAGUGAAAUCGUUUCCUAACCCAGCAUCCAGCGUCAUCGAUCGAUUUGAACACUGCCCGUGUAGACCGUGAACUUCACUAAUCGGUCGAUCGCACUAUUGUUUCUAGUUUAUUUCAAUUGUUUGUUGUACGGAAGAAGUGCGUGCAUUAUCUGUCUCACCAUUUCCCGGGUGCAGUUUGUCAACGUCCCCUGGUGGAAAUCUUGUGUGUGGCUUGUGUGCGUGUUUGUUGUGUGCUCUCGUGGGGCCAGCUUUGUAGUGCCAAUGUUACUAACGCAGCUAGAGAUUGCAGUCGGAAAUCCAACGCUAAAGCGGAAGUAUAGUGGCGACUACGGUGCGCUGAAGAAAAAAAUGGAAGCCAUCAACUGGAACAAAAUUAUGUACAUCGCUCAGGAGGAAAAGCUUCUUUACUUUGAUCAAAAAACGUAUCGACUGCCGGAAGCAAUCGUGACGAUGUACGCGGACCGGGUGCAACAUCUCGACCUUAGCCACAACAAACUGUCGUCCUUCGAUGCGCUGGAACGGUUCCCAUUUCUGGUGGAGCUCGUGCUGGACAAUAACUACCUAACGGAUGAGAUUAUCUUUCCCGCUCAGCUGAACAAUGUGAAGCUGCUCUCACUGAACAAUAACAAGUUUAAAAAUUUGGAUCUUCUGCUUACGAAGCUUUCGCUUUGCUUUCCGGAACUGGAAUAUCUGAGCCUGCUGGGUAAUCCCGCCUGUCCCUGCCAUCUACUGAACCUGAAGUACACGGAAUACGACUAUCAGAAAUAUAGACUGUACAUUAUUCGACACCUUCCGAAGCUUCGCAUACUGGACGGCCAGAGGGUGAAGAAGAUGGAACGAGAUUUCGUACGCUGCCAGCUGGAGAACUACGGAGAAACACUAGACCAGGAUCCAAAUGCCGUUUCAGGUACGGUUAAGCAGGCACAAACGAUCCGGAAAAGCAAUACACUGAAGCAUCUGUACACGACCGUAAGCAGCGGGUUGGGACUGCGCCGAAAAACCGUGCCCGUUUACAGCCCGCUGCCGGAAACGUUGCGCGAGGUCGGUGAUCAUCGGGGAGCUUACGGGCGGUGCCGUUACCGGUACGUUGGCGCACAGUCCGAGGGAAACCGGUUCAUACUCAACAAUGACUUAUGAGUAACGCAAUGAGCAUUUUUA